AUGCUCGUACUGUUUGAGACGUCAGGUGGUUUUGCACUCUUUAAAGUAUUAGAUGAAGGAAAGCUCUCUAAUGUUGAGGAUUUGGGUACUGAGUUCUACUCUGCAGAGUCAGCUCGAAGGAUGGGUCUACACAAGUUUUUGAAAAAUAACUGUGAUGAUGGUGAAAUCUUAGCUGUGGCUGAUCCAAAGCUUGGAGAUAUCAUCACAGAGAAACUGGACAUAGAAUGUGUUCACAACGAUGCUGUUAUGGAGCUGUUACGAGGUGUGAGAAGUCAGUUAACCGAACUUUUAUCCGGAUUGGAUGAUAAUGAUUUAGCUCCAGUGAGCUUGGAAUUGUCUCACAUCCUUGCUAGAUAUAAACUAAAAAUCACCUCUGACAAGGUGGAGACCAUGAUAAUCCUAUCUAUCAGUCUGCUUGAUGAUCUUGACAAAGAGCUUAACACUUACACUACGAGCGUUUGUGAAUUGUACGGUUUGCAUUUUCCCGAGCUUGCUAAUAUUGUACAGGACAAUAUCUUAUAUGCCAAGGUGGUUAAACUAAUGGGGAAUCGGAUUAAUGCUGCAACGCUAGACUUCUCUGAGAUAUUGGCUGAUGAAGUUGAAGCAGAACUAAAAGAGGCUUCUAUGGUGUCUACGAGAACUGAAGUCAGUGACCUUGAUUUGAUGCACAUCCAAGAACUCUGUGACCAAGUUCUUUCAAUCGCUGAGGACAAAACUCUGCUUUGUGACGACUUGAAGAACAAAAUGAACAAAAUUGCACCAAAUCUAACUGCCCUUGUCGGGGAGCUAGUCGGUGCUCGCUUAAUAUCUCAUUGUGGUAGUUUAUGGAACCUCUCAAAGCUACCAUGGAGCACAAUUCAGAUUCUUGGAGCUGAAAAGACCCUAUAUAAAGCCCUUAAGACCAAACAAGCCACUCCAAAGUAUGGUUUAAUCUACCACGCACCUUUGGUUAGGCAAGCUGCACCAGAGAACAAGGGUAAAAUCGCACGUUCACUAGCUGCAAAAUCUGCUCUUGCUAUCCGGUGUGAUGCUUUUGGUAAUGGCCAAGACAACACUAUGGGAGUCGAAAGCCGCUUAAAGCUUGAAGCGCGCUUGAGAAAUCUUGAAGGAGGAGAUUUAGGAGCAUGCGAAGAAGAAGAAGAAGUUAAUGACAAAGAUACAAAGAAGGAGGCUGAUGAUGAGGAAGAACCCAAAACUGAGGAGUGUUCGAAGAAGAGGAAGAAAGAAGCAGAACUUGAAACCGUGGAAGAUCCCGCAAAGAAGAGCAAACAAGAGGGUGUAACAGGAUUAUUACUCCUGAUGCUUUUAAUUUCUCUAAUCUAUUUCUUUUCUGUUAACCAGUUGCUAUGGUAA